AUGGCGCCGUCAGAGGAGUCUAUUCUCAUGAACUUUCUGUUGUCUCCUUCGCCAUUACCUACCGCUAUAUCUCUUGAACAAUUUACAAAGCUGUUUCCUAAGCAGCUACAGUCUCAUCCACAAAUCAGGACAUUGUACCGCGAUCUACAAUACCUCCGUGCGCAAGAUAUAGAUCUGGUCCGGGAAAAUAUCCAGGCAGAGAUCAAGAGUGGAGAGAAACAGAAGGAGGAGUUGAAGAAUGCCCAGUUAAACUCAGGCGUGACCGGGAUGAGCCGUGGUGAUAAAGUCGAAGCCGAUAUGGAUAUCCAGCUUUUUGGCAAUAAGGACUUGCUAAUAACAAGACCUGAGGAUCACCAUUCCCUGGACACCCUCUUAGUGGAUAUGGAGCGUGCUUGUGCGGCUAUGGAAUCUAGUAUCAAGUCAGCCGAUGCUGAAACCUCGGAGCUUGCUAGUCAGAUUACUGCCGCGGUGGGAGAACUGAGUGACCUCCGUUAUGGAAAGCUGAACACUCCACCGGGGGUAGAAAACACACUCAGGGAUGAUAUUAUCAUGGGGUUGAAACGCCUGGAAGAAAACUGUAACAAUGUUGCGCAAUGA